AUGCAAUCAGGAAGCAUUGUUGAACUGUAUGGUCAAAGAAACGGAGGGAAGCUUCUGGUAAGUAGGGACAUGUGAAAAUAAGGUAUUCCAGUUCACCCAUUCUGUGAUCGCGGAGAUUCUUCUUGAUGAUCAGAAGAGGAAUGCAUUCAAUGUGACAGUGUUUGAUUACGCAAAGCAGUUCUCGGCUCAAUUGCUUGCGGACCUCAUUCGGAAGAAGCGAGAUUUAUCAGUGAGCCGUGUUCUAAUUUUUAUUUUAAUUUUUAAGGAUUCUGAACUUACCGAACUUCUGAAUUCAGUCCAAAUCCUGAACCCAAUCACUUACGAACAUGCAAUCAAGGCCCUCCGUGCCAUGUCUUACAGGAUAAUGUCUUCAAGAUGGGAGGUCUACAAAAAGAAGAUCCCCAAGUCAACUCCGAUCAUAAUCUUCAUGGACGUUGGAUCUCUGUUAUAUUAUUCUGGUGGAGAUCUUGCUGGGCAUUACCGUCAAAGCGAGAUGUUUAAAUGCUUGGACUCUAUUCGGCGCUGUGGAUCCCUCAUUAUUCUUCUGAAUCAUUGUAAAUCCGUUGAUGAGAAAUGUUUCGAACCAGCCUUGGGAAGGAAUUGGAGAACCAUGGUAACCACGAGAUUUUACUUCCAGAAGGAUGACACUGGCUACUUCUAUGUCCCCAUUAUGAGAGAUCAAGUGCCUAGAAAAUACUGCUAUUAUCAUCCGUAA